UCUUGUCCUUGGGCUGGGUGCCAUGGACGCCUUCAUCCGCUUCACCAACCAGACCCAGGGCCGGGACCGACUCUUCAGGGGACACAGGUUUGAGCCCUGGUCCGGGAAGAUCCCACAUGCAGUGGAGCAACUAAGCCUGUGCGCCACAACUCUGAGCCUGCGCUCUAGAGCCCCCGAGCCACAACUACUGAGCCUGCGCGCCACAACUACUGAGCCUGUGCACCACAACUGCUGAAGCCCGCCCACCUAGAGCCUGACCUCCGCAACAAGAGAAGCCACCGCAGUGAGAAGCACGCGCACUGCAACAAAGAGGAGCCCCCGCUCACCACAACUAGAGAAAGCCCAUGCACAGCAGCAAAGACCCAAUGCAGCCAAAAAUAAAAACCAAAAAAAACCCCAAAUAGAUCCUUUGUAUCAGUCUCCCCACUCCCUGCCUCUUUCUCCUAUUGCCCACAGUAUACAACUUAGCAGAGGGUCAACACUAGAUACGAUUCUACAAAAAUAAGGAAAAAAAGUUUUGUCCUAUUACCCAUUUUAAUUAAAAAGCCCUUAUUAAACAAUCUGAAAACGAUGGCUGAAAACCACAGCCUCCAUCAUCUUUGAAGCCAGGAAUUAGCAUCUGGGCUCCUGCCUGAUUCAUCGCUAAGGAAAGGAUGAGAGGUGAUAGGUGGUUGUCUGGAUGCUGUUGAUCAGUAACAGAACCUUGGUCAACAUUGUCACUUUUCCAAACUUGACAAAAUCCAGUUGGCUUUCCCACUGGAUAUUCUGGUGGCAUCUUAGACCAGGUAGAGUUCAAUAAACUUUCUUGAAAUCCAGGAUUUUGCAGAGAUUGAAAUUGCUCCCUCAAAGCCUAGAUUGUCAAGGAGUAAACCACAGCUCUGGUUCUCUUCUUCACUGAGAGCAAUUCAUCUUCAUAAUCAAAGACUAAUGCAUUCAGCUGGGAGGUGUUAGUAACUUUGCUGAAGACUCCCCAGAGCAACUGGAAUUGUUUCCACCGGAGGAGACGCUCUGCAGCCCGGGCUCCGUGGGACCGAGGUGGCAUCAGCUGGACUUGAAGAGCUCCGAUGGCAGUUAACAAGGGUCCAACCUUGCUGGAUGAAGACCGCCCUGAGCAGGAGAAUGUGCUGCAGCGGGUCCUGCAGCUGCCGGUGGUGAGCAGCACCUGUGAGUGCUUCCAGAAGACCUACACCAGCACCAAGGAAGCCCACCCCCUGGUGACCUCUGUAUGCAGUGCCUACGAGAGGGGCGUGCAGAGCGCCACCAGUUUGGCAGCCUGGAGCGUGGAGCCGGUGGUCCGAAGGCUGUCCACCCAGUUCAUAGCUGCCAACGAGCUGGCCUGCCGAGGCCUGGACCACCUGGAGGAAAAGAUCCCGGCCCUCCAGUAUCCUCCUGAAAAGAUUGCUUCUGAGCUGAAGGACACCAUCUCUACCCGCCUUCGCAGUGCCAGGAACAGCAUCAGUGUGCCCAUCGCCAGCACUUCAGACAAAGUCCUAGGGACCGCUCUGGCUGGCUGUGAGCUCGCCUGGGGGAUGGUCAAAGACACUGCCGAAUUUGCUGCCAACACCCGAGCUGGCCAGCUAGCCUCUGGAGGGGCUGACUUGGCCUUGGGUGGUGUUGAGAAGGUGGUAGAGUUCCUCCUCCCUCCAGCCAAGGAAGAGUCAGCCCCUGCUCCAGGACACCAGCAUGCCCAGAAACCUCCCCAGGCCAAGCCGGACCUCGUGAGCAGGGUUGGGGCCCUGGCCAACACUCUCUCUCAACACACCUUCCAGACCACAGCCCGGGCGCUGAAACAGGGCCAGGCCCUGGCCAUGUGGAUCCCAGGAGUGGCGCCCCUGAGCAGCCUGGCCCAGUGGGGCGCAUCAGCGGCCAGACAAGUGGUGUCCCGGCGGUCGAGCGAGGUGUGGGUGCCCUGGCUGCACAACCUCAGUGCCACCCGGGAGGAGGACCACAAUGACCAGAUGGACACAGAGGGGGAGGAGACAGAGGUGGAGCAGGAGGAAUCAGAGACGGAGGAGAACAAGCUCAGUGAGGGAGCAGCCCUGCCUGGCCCACAAGGCCUCCUGGGUGGUGUGGCGCACACUCUGCAGAAGGCCCUCCAGAGCACCAUCUUGAUCAUGAUGUGGGCGCCCGCGGCUGUGCUGGGCAUGGCAGAGAGGUUGCUGCAUCUCAUGCCAGCCGGUGCUGUCUCCUCCACCCAGGGCAGGGCCAUGUCCCUGUCUGAUGCCCUGAAGGGCGUUACUGACAACUUCGUGGACACGGUGGUGCACUAUGUGCCGCUCCCCAGGCUGUCGCUGAUGGAGCCCGAGAGCGAAUUCCGGGAGAUCGACAACCCGCCUGCCGAGGCCGAGAGCCCGGAGGCGGAGCGCAGGGGGUCCGGGGCGCCGCCCGCCAGCUCGGAGCCCGCGUCACGCCCUGCGCAGUCCCGCGGCAGCCUGCGCAGCGCUCGGGGCCCGGGCGCGGAGGACCGGGUGGACACGGCCGCCGCGCCGCGCACCGCCUUGCCGGCCAUGCCCCGCGAGAAGCCCGCGCGCAGGGUCAGCGACAGCUUCUUCCGGCCCAGCGUCAUGGAGCCCAUCCUGGGCCGCACGCAGUACAGCCAGCUGCGCAAGAAAAGCUGAGCCCGUUGCCCCCAUCGCCUUCCCGGCCCGGCCCAGGGCUGGGGCCGUUGUCUCCUGCAAACAAACAGAACCUACAUGUCCAAAUGAGCGUUGACUUCUUCCAAGUAGUCCCCUUGGGUCCCGAGCCUCGUUCCAAGGAUGCUGCCAAGGCACACAUCAUCUUCUGAGCAUCCUUUUUAGGCUUAGCUGUCAGAGCCCAUUUUUGAGAAGCAGACUAGCAGUCUGCUUUAAUUCUAUGCCUUGUUAUUUUUACCAACAGAUUAAUUGCCUAACUUGAUCUCUCACUUCUUUCACCAAAUUUGUGGCCAAGUGACAUUUAACUGUUUCCAGUAUUUAUAUCCAUCCUCUGUAGACAAAUAUUUGUCACCAGUGAAUGUGUCACUACCCUAAAGGUUCAAGCAGUAGAUCCUGGCACAUUUUUAAGUCCUGAAUGCAGAGAUUCCUCUGAGUAUACAGGCUCUCGGAAGACUACUUUGAGGGGAACAGCAAUCAGGUGCAAAAGCUCUUGAGUGUUUAUAUACAUAUGAGCAUCACUUUCUGAGUACCCCACACUCUUCACAGGCUGAGUCCUGGCCUGUGCUCUGUAGCGCCACCUUCCUGUUCACAGCUACAUUUCCAUUUGCACCCUUACUGCUUUCCACCUGCAUGUUCACCCUUCCGUCCACCUCUCAAAUGCUGGCGCCCCCAGUGCUGGGAGACAGUGGUGAUCACUUGUUAUACAGUAUAGACCAUAUAUUUGGACUCUAUAGCCACAGUUCAUUCCAAGCCCUAUUUUUGAAAAUGUUAAUAUUUCGUACAUUUGGAAAUGCAUACAUAUAAGUUAAAAAUUCAAACACUGCCAAAGGAUGUGUGCCUUCCUCCCUGAGUUCCCUGGUUUCUCUUCCCCAAAGUAAUCAUGGUGCCAGUCUCUUCUGUAUCUUUCCGAUUACGGACUGUGCAUGCGCAGCCACAUGUGUAUAUACUCCCCACUGUUUACACAAGCUGUGGGAGGUUAUACUCAGUGCUUUUUUCACUCAGCAAGACAUCUUAGAAAUCUUUUUUGUAUGAGUAUCAUAAAUCCUCCUUGCUGAUUUUAACAGCCACACAGUAAGUGCUUCAUAAUAUAGAUGUGCUAUGUUUUAAACUAGUGCCUUAAUCAUGGACUUUUAGGUUGUUUCCAAUUGUUUGCUCCUUCGAAC